AUGCGACGGACGAGGGAGCAAGACGAUGAAGAUGAUGACAUUCCUCUGCACCGCAAGAAACCAUUCGGAGCUGGCCUGAAGCGGAAGCGAGUCGAGUUUGUGCCCGCCACCGAUGCUGAUUCCGGAAUCUCGCCCUCUGGGUCGGCGGCGGCGGACAAAGGACUCGCCAUCGGCGAUCUCUAUGCCAGAGUCGUCCUAGGCAACCGGUCCGCCUCCGGCUCCGGUUCCGUCUCCGGCACUGACGCGCAGGCAGCGACGGCGGGCGUGGAACUGGCGUCUGUUUGCUCCGUCUGCUCGCUCCCGAUCACGACAUCGAUCCGGCAGCAUGAAGCAUCGCUCGCCCACCAGGUCAGCCUAGCGCACUCACACCCGCCCUCCGGUCUGGAUCGAAGCCGUAUGGGACUACGGGCGCUCCAGCUGCAAGGCUGGGACCCUGAUGCGCGCCGCGGGCUCGGAGCAGAGGGCGAUGGAUUACGAUUCCCCAUCAAGGUUGCCGCCAAGGACGACCAGCUCGGCAUCGGCGCCGCGUCACAGGCUCCGAACAAGGCCGAUGGGAAACAGGACGUGUCGCAAGCACGGAGGCAAAUGUCAGCCAAGGAGAGAAAGGCGUUGGCCUUGCAAGAGCGGCAAAAGGCCGACCGACUGCAAGCCGAGAUGUACGGCAGCCUCGACGUCGAGAGCAUUCUACGGGGGAACGGUGCCGACAAUGACAUCUAG